GGAAGCAGGACGCCGAGAGAACUACAUGCAGGAGGCGGGGUCCAGAGCGAGGAAUCUAGGCGGCUAGCAGUGGCGAAGGCGGCUGUAGCGGCAGCAUGAAGCGGACCCCGACCGCCGAGGAACGAGAGCGCGAAGCUAAGAAACUGAGGCUUCUUGAGGAGCUUGAAGAUACCUGGCUUCCUUAUCUGACCCCCAAGGAUGAUGAAUUUUAUCAGCAGUGGCAGCUGAAAUAUCCUAAACUAAUUCUCCGCGAAGCCGGCAGCGUCCCCGAGGAGCUCCAUAAAGAAGUUCAAGAAGCCUUCCUCACACUGCACAAGCAUGGCUGCUUCUUUCGGGACCUGGUUAGGAUCCAGGGCAAAGAUUUGCUCACUCCGGUAUCUCGCAUCCUCAUCGGAAACCCAGGCUGCACCUACAAGUACCUGAACACCAGGCUCUUUACGGUACCCUGGCCAGUGAAGGGUGCUAGUACGAGAUACGAGGAGGCUGAAAUAGCGGCUGCUUGUCAGACCUUCCUCAGGCUCAAUGACUACCUGCAGAUAGAGACCAUCCAGGCUCUGGAAGAACUCGCCUGCAAAGAGAAGUCGAAUAUCGAUGCCGUGCCAGUGUGUAUAGGGCCAGACUUCCCCCGGGUCGGUAUGGGGUCCUUCGAUGGGCAGGAUGAGGUGGACAUUAAGAACAGAGCGGCGUAUAACGUCACUUUGUUGAAUUUCAUGGAUCCCCAGAAAAUGCCAUACCUGAAAGAGGAGCCUUACUUUGGCAUGGGGAAAAUGGCCGUGAGCUGGCAUCACGAUGAAAACCUCGUGGAGCGCUCAGCGGUGGCGGUGUAUAGUUAUAGCUGUGAAGGCCCUGAAGAGGAGAGUGAGGAUGAUCCCCAGCUUGAAGGCAGAGAUCCUGAUACUUGGCAUGUUGGUUUUAAGAUCUCGUGGGACAUAGAGACACCUGGUCUGGCAAUACCCCUUCACCAAGGAGACUGCUAUUUUAUGCUUGAUGAUCUCAAUGCCACCCACCAACACUGUGUUUUGGCUGGUUUACCACCUCGAUUUAGUUCCACCCACCGAGUGGCAGAGUGCUCCACUGGAACCUUGGAUUAUAUCUUACAGCGCUGCCAGGUGGCUCUGCAGAAUGUCCGUGACGGGGCAGACGGUGGUGAUGUUUCUUUGAAAUCCUUUGAGCCCGCGGUUCUGAAACAAGGAGAGGAAAUCCACAAUGAGGUUGAGUUCGAGUGGCUGAGACAGUUUUGGUUUCAAGGCAACCGAUACAGAAAAUGCAGUGAUUGGUGGUGUCAGCCCAUGGCCCAACUGGAAGAACUGUGGAAGAAGAUGGAAGGUGUGACAAAUGCUGUGCUUCGUGAAGUUAGAAGAGAGGGGGUCCCCGUGGAACAAAGGAAUGAAAUCUUGACUGCCAUUCUUGCCUCGCUCACCACCCGCCAGAAUCUGAGGAGGGAGUGGCAUGCCAGGUGCCAGUCCCGAAUUGCCCGAACUUUACCUGUGGAUCAGAAGCCAGAAUGUCGGCCAUAUUGGGAAAAGGAUGAUCCUUCGAUGCCUCUGCCGUUUGAUCUCACAGACGUCGUUUCAGAACUCAGAGGUCUGCUUCUGGAAGCCAAACCCUAGAAGGAGCGCAAGUCUUAGGUGGAGGAGGAAAAGAUAUUUUUGGCUUCCUUCCUCCAACCAUGUCAUGGGCUCGGACAAGGGUAGACUUGGCCUUUAGAUUGUAGAACCUGGGUCCCAGAUGGAAAGAGUAGGGAAUGGAGCCCAUGAAUAUUAAAACGUUUAAAAAAUGACGCAGUGUUAUAAUCUGAUUCGGUAUGAAACAAGAACCUGCCCCCAAAAUACUGUUCCCCUCUUGAAUUUUUAAGGUGAGGCCUUCAUCUCCCAAGGGCCAUGGUGACAGAGGUGAGCCCAGCCUAUGACAGAGCCCAUCCUCCUUUCCACCUUCCCAAACCUGUUCAGAGACUCUAGAGUAGAAGACUCUGAAGUCAUCCAGGAGAAGAUGGAAUCUAGAUCCGUUCUGCCCAGUUUCUCAUGGCGUCAUCUAGAGGCUGUGCUGUCCAGUAGGUAGCCGCCAUCUGGGUGUGGCUUCUUAAAUUCCGUUUCAGUUGUAAUCAAAACUUCAGUUCCUCGACUGCCCCAGCCACAUGUCAAGUGCUUCAUAGCCACAUGUGGCUGGUGACUAGCGUAUUGGGCAGCACAGAUGCAGGACCUUUUCAUCAUUGUAGAAGGUUCCGUUGGAUCACACUUCCGUAAAAAGUUUGAGAGCAGGAGAGUCUCUUCUCCACGGUCUGUAGUCCCCACCCCCAUGGGCAGAACGAGUCGUUAAAGAGUUGCCACUUGCCCUUCUGUGAGACAGACCUCCAUAAAAGCCCGAGUUACGAGUUCUCUAUCUGCCCCCAGGAAUGAAGAGGUGUCAGAAAUUAAAAUGCACUCGACAUCUGUCGUGAGGAAGUUUCCCUGAUCUAAUGAAAGAGACCCAGCCCUGUUUGCAUUGCUUCACGGAUGUAGCCUACACAUGCAUUUUUCUAGAAUCACCCCCAUUCAUAGGUGGUAGGUCGAGGCCUGAGGAGCCCCGGGGCCCCGUCCUGAUGACAUCGGUGCCUCAGAAGGGCGAUGGAUAAGUAGAGGUUAAAACCUGGGCUCUGGUUUUAGAGUGCCUGGGUCAAAACACACACCGGCUUUGUGACCUUCGGCACGUCACCGUGCCUCAGUUUCCUCACCUGUAUGAUGGAGACACGAAAGGCACCGACUCACGAGGGGAAGAUGAAGUGGAGUAACCUGGCUACAGGCGUAAAACGAAUUCUGACAGGUAGUUAGAUACCCAGUGCAUAUUAGUAUUAUUAUGUGUCAGUAAAGCUGACCUGAUGUAGACGUUGUCCGUCCUUCCCAUGCCCACGUACCAGUUUUGUCCCUUUUUGGCUUGGCUCCUGCCCUUCGGUGACCCCGGAAAUCGCGAGAGUAGUUAGCCCCUCUCCCCAGCCCAUUGCCUUCUCUUGUAGUGGUUUACAGCGGUAGGUUGGAAGCUGAGCAGCUGUUCGGCCCAUUGAGAGGCGCACGGAGAACCAAACUCCGUCCCGCCAUUAGACCCUCCCUGGUUCAAGGUAGCGUCCACUUCUGCGGAGAUAACCCCCGCGAGGCCGCGUGACCCAAAGAAGCCAGGGCUUCAUCGUCUGGAGACUCCGUUCUCUGAGUCCUCAGUCUCCUCAUCAGCAGACGAGAGACAGGGUGCCGCCUCCCCGGGCGCUUGUCGAGAUUAAAUGAGAUCGCGGAGGUAUGGAGCGUGUGGUGCAUAGAAAUCGCAGCCCGGGGAACCCAGGCCGCGUAGCCUCCUGUUUUAUUUAGUCCCAGCGCCUGUUCUGUGUUAAAGUUCCUUAGGUGCCAGUAUUUAAAAAUUGGGAGAUUCCGUAUAAAGUAAAAGCGUGCGUAUUCUCUUCAGAAAUUCCGAACAUCUGGCAGUCCUAGGCCUCCAUCCUGGCCUGGCAAUGAGCUAAGUAGUGUCUUCUCGCUCUUAGGCGGGAUGUGAGCCCUCCAUGGCCCCUGUUGCUCCCUAUUACCAUUGAUCCUAAACCCGACCCCUGGUGUCAGCACUCUCCAAACCCGCUUGCUUGCACCCCUGCCUUAGACGUAGAUAAUCAUGCUUAGUGCUUAACCCCAAUAUGUGUGAUGACUGUUGAGCUAUAUUUGUGAACUACUUGUAGUCAUAUGUCUUGUACCUCAUAAAACAUUCAUAAACAAUAAAACUAUUAAAAGGAUAAUAUAAGAACCCGA